AUGAGUGUGGCGAGCUCCUUGUUCUCAUCCAUCUCCGGAUAUAUCCCCACCGCCGUCAAGGAGGCUGCAGGAUUGAGCCCCCAAAUCUCCGAGGCUGUGCGUCACAUUACUUGGCUCUCCAUCGAGCGCAUCUUUUGGCCCGAGGAAACCCUUCCUCGGCAGCUGGUAGUGAUUGGUUACACCGAUGGUUUCCAAGUCUGGGAUUUCAGCGAUCCGGCCGCUUCCAAAGAGUUGAUCUCCAAGCAAGACAAAGCUGUCCUCCAGGCGCGAAUGCUUCCAUGCCCUUUGCUGCCUGUAGACGUCGCGGCAGAUGUGAUGGGGGUGGCCUGUGCACCUGUGAUGGCCUAUCUGCACAAGUCAGCUCCAGCCUUGGUUCGCUUGUUUUCCCUGCACCUUGAUGGCCCUUAA